CAUGAGGUGGUUCCUGCCGUGGGCGCUGGUGGCAGUGACAGCAGUAGGAGCAGUGGGCAGCACCCCGGCCAUGGCCCUCUCUCCAGCUCCCACGGCCACGGUCUUCACCCCGGCUCCCCUGGAGGACACCUCUGCACACCCCCAGUUCUGCAAGUGGCCGUGCGAGUGCCCGCCAUCCCCGCCCCGCUGCCCGCUGGGGGUCAGCCUCAUCACAGACGGCUGCGAAUGCUGUAAGAUGUGUGCUCAGCAGCUUGGGGACAACUGCACGGAGGCUGCUGUCUGUGACCCCCACCGGGGCCUCUACUGUGACUACAGUGGGGACAGCCCGAGGUACGCAGUAGGAGUAUGUGCACCAGCCAUGGAUGAGAUAGAGCCGUGGCACAGGAACUGCAUAGCCUACAGCAGCCCCUGGAGCCCCUGCUCUGCCAGCUGCGGCCUGGGGGUCUCCACCCGCAUCUCCAACGUCAAUGCCCAGUGCUGGCCUGAGCAGGAGAGUCGCCUCUGCAACCUGCGGCCGUGUGACGUGGACCUCUGGCCACACGUCAAGGAAGGGAAGAAGUGUCUGGCCGUGUACCAGCCAGAAGCGCCCGUGAACUUUACGCUGGCCGGCUGCACCAGCACGCGUCCGUACCGGCCCAAGUACUGUGGGGUCUGCACGGACAACAGGUGCUGCAUCCCCUACAAGUCCAAAACCAUCGACAUCUCCUUCCAGUGUCCCGACGGGCCUGGCUUCUCCCGCCAGGCCCUGUGGAUUAAUGCUUGCUUCUGCAAUCUGAGCUGUCGGAAUCCCAACGAUAUUUUUGCCGACUUGGAUUCCUACCCUGACUUCUCAGAAAUUGCCAAUUAGGCAGGCACAAAACACGAGCUCGAGGCCUGGCCCCAUGCUUGUAAAG